UUCAUGCUGAAAGCCCGAAAUGCGUAACCAUGGGCCGGGGAGAAUUAUUGGCAAGUAUUGUCCAAUAGGCCCAGUAAAAAAAAUGAUUAACGUGGGCUUAGAUGAGACGGCGUCGUUUCUGUCUCAACCGCCAAAAUCCCUACCAUGGUCCUCCCUCGGCCUCAAUUUCAAUUCACCAUAGCAUAAAAUGUUCGCGGUAGCGAGACUCGUCCGAGUCAGUGCCACCUCAAACUCAAAGCUUGGUCUUCACCGGAGAUCUCUGAACCACCACCAUGCACCGCCACUUCCUCCGGCGUUCUACCUCUCGCGCCUCUGCACAAACCUGGACACUCUCCGAAAGGUCCACGCAUCCCUGGCGGUGCACGGCCUCGGCGGCGAGCUCCUCCUGGCGACGAAGCUCCUCAGCCUCUACGCGUCCUUCGGGAGGCUCCGCCACGCGCGCCUCCUCUUCGACCUCCUCCCCACGCGCGACCUCUACUCGCUGAAAGUGAUGACACGCGCCUACUUCCUCCGCGACAUGCACUCCCACGUCCUCUCCCUCUACUUCCUCACGCGCCCCUCCCUCCACCCCGCCCCUAACGACCCCGUCCUCUUCUCCGUCAUCCUCAAAUCCUGCGCCGAGUCCCGCCAGGCGCGCCACGUGCCAAUCCUCCACUGCCACGUCAUCAAGUCCACUCCCCCUGACAGCUUCCUCCUCACCUCCCUGGUCGACGCCUACGCCAAGUGCGGACUCCUCCCCCACGCGCGGCGCGCCUUCCACGAGAUCCCCCACCGCGGCGUCGUUUCGUGGACCUCCAUGAUCGCCGCCUACGCCCAAAACGACUGCGCGCGCGAGAGCCUCACUCUCUUCAACAAAAUGCAGGAAGCCUUCGUCGACGCCAACGAGUUCACCCUCGGGAGCUUGGCCUCCGCGUGCACCAAGUUGGCCUCCUUGCACCAAGGAAAGUGGCUUCACGGCUUCGUUCUCAAGAAAGGAAUUGCGGUUAACUCCUUCCUAACGACGUCGCUUUUGAAUAUGUAUGUCAAGUGCGGCACCGUUCGUGACGCACGUGCGGUGUUCGAUGAGAGUGCUGACUCCGCUGAUGUUGUUUCAUGGACGGCCAUGAUUGUGGGGUAUAGUCAGAGGGGUUACCCUCACUUGGCGCUGGAGUUGUUCACCGACCGCAAAUGGGCCGGGCUUUGGCCCAACUCGGUUACCGUUGCGAGUUUGUUAUCCGCUUGUGGGCAGUUAGGUAAUUCCGUUACGGGAAGUUCGCUUCAUGGGUUGGCUAUUAAGUGUGACUUGGAUGAUCCUCCUGUGAGGAAUGCUCUUGUUGACAUGUACGCCAAAUGCGGCGUCGUUUCGGAUGCUCGGUACGUGUUUGAGACAACGUUUGACAAGGAUGUUGUGUCGUGGAACUCCAUUAUUUCUGGCUCUGCGCAGAGUGGUGAACCUUAUGAGGCCCUUGAGCUUUUCAAGAGGAUGAGGUUGGAGUUUUUCUCUCUGGACGCGGUUACGCUGGUUGGCGUUCUAUCCGCUUGUGCCUCCAUUGGCGCUCUUGAGCUUGGUUGUUGUGUUCACGCCUUGUUGCUCAAGUAUGGCAUGGUGCUGUCUAGCGUCUAUGUUGGCACUGCUCUAUUGAAUUUUUAUGCCAAAUGUGGGGAAGCCAAGUCCGCGAGGAUGGUGUUUGAUUCGAUGGGGGAGAAGAAUGCCGUGACGUGGAGCGCCAUGAUUGGUGGCUAUGGGAUGCAGGGUGAUGGAGGUGGAUCCCUCGCGCUGUUUAGGGACAUGUUGAAGGAGGAGCUUGAGCCUAAUGAGGUGGUGUUCACGACCAUAUUGGCAGCUUGCAGCCAUUCGGGGAUGGUUGGAGAGGGGUCAAGGUUGUUUAAUUUGAUGUGUGGGGAGAUGAAUUUUGUUCCUUCCAUGAAGCACUACGCGUGUAUGGUUGAUCUGUUGGCGCGCGCCGGCAACCUCGAUGAGGCGAUGGACUUUAUGGAGAGAAUGCCUGUUCAGCCUAGUGUUAGUGUGUUUGGAGCUUUUCUCCAUGGGUGUGGACUUCAUUCUAGGUUUGAGUUGGGAGAAGUGGCCAUUAGGAGGAUGUUGGAGUUGCACCCUGAUGAAGCUUGUUAUUAUGUGCUUGUGUCAAACCUUUAUGCUUCGGAUGGGAGAUGGGGCAUGGUUAAGCAGGUGAGAGAGAUGAUAAGGCAAAGGGGAUUGAGCAAGGUCCCUGGUAGUAGUUUAGUGGAGAUGGAUAUCAACAAUGAUGCUUUUGAUCAAGUGGCAGUUCUUUCGUAAUCGUAUGUGUACAUAUUUUGUGCAUGAUUGUGUGGUGGUAAAACGAAACUACUUGGUCAAACAAGUGGUUCUGCAGAUAAAAUUUCAUGGGCUCCCCUAUGAACAUGAAUCUUGGGAGAUUAGAGAUAACCAUUUGGGAGUAAGACACAAAUGAUUGGGACAAUCAGUGAAUAUAGAUCUAUAAGUUAAACAUUGUCUCGAGAUGCCAUGAAACUCUUCUGGUAUCACCAGUACACCCACAAGACACAGUUGAACAGCUGCAGUAUGAAUCUUAGGUAUGCAGCAGAGGCAAAUAUUUUGGAUUGUGGAUGAUCUGCGGAGAAAAUUUGAUAUUUCAAGAGAAAAAGAUGGUGAGGAUAAUGAGGAGUCUUCCUCAGAAGAACGGAUUACUUUGACUCAAUGACAUAGCCCUCCUCUUGUUCAACAACUGUUGUGAUACAAUCUAGUUUGUGCACUCACUGUCCUGGCAUUUUCAAUCCAUUAUAGCAAGAAUUCCCCGGUCUGCAAUCAAAUAUUCUGCCUUUUUCGCGAUAAGCAGGUCAAAUAUCCAUGGAAUCAAUGUUUGUUUACUGCCUUAAUAUAAUUCAGAACACAGAAGACACUAAGCCUCUGCAAUUUUUUCGUCAGUGUUGGGUUGCAUGCUUGAAUAGUUGAAUGAAUUGGACCUCCAUCAAAUUCGACUUUUAGCACUUGACAUAGUAUUAGAUCUGUUCCUGGAUCACAGUUCUUCACUAUCAAUACUGUCGAUGCCAAAAUUAUUCUGACUAAGUGUCAAAAUACAGCCUUUGUUAUGUCAAAAUAAUUUUUACUCCUUGUUGAAAUACAGUCUUUGUUGACCAAAUUA